AUGCACAACAUAUUCUCUAGAGUCAAUAAUGUCUCCGCGUUCUUGUCAUCAUGCAUGAUGACGCUGUUGGCUGCUAUUGCUCUAUCCUCAUUCCUGUUUACCGCAAGGCCCCAAGGAGACCUUACAGUCUCGUCUAUUAAAGUAGUAUCGUCUAAUGCUCGGAGAUACCCCAACAAAAAGCAGGAUUUGGCGUUCGUGCACUUCAAUAUAACAGCAGACCUGACUCCUUUAUUUCAUUGGAAUACUAAGCAGCUCUUUUUAUACCUCGAGGCUGAAUAUGCGAAUAAGCAAGGGGUCAAAAAUGAAGUCGUGAUCUGGGAUCGCAUUGUCAGAAAAAAAGAAGAUGCUGUCAUCAAGUUCGAAGGAAAAAACAAAUACGUCUUCCGUGACAUUUCGGCGUCGUUCAAUGGUGUACCGCCUGCGAGCUAUUCCCUAAAAUACAAUUUGAUGCCCUAUGUAGGAGUUCUACAAUAUGGUGAGGCGGCUCGAACUUCCGAACCUGUUGCUUUCCCAGCGACACAAUCACGCCUGUAG